CUUGACACAAUAGUACUAUUAUCCUUAUUUUUUUUAAUUAUUGUGCAGUGAAUUUAGUGGCCUGUCUUCUUGUUUUGAAUUUGGAAUCCUAAUUCAUUGUGCAAAUACAGACGAAUGAUUUAGCAAUAUGUCACUGUCACACAGCCGGCAACAGUUCCUGGCUUGCGAGACUCAUGGUGAUCCCGGAAUACAUUACGAAAGAAAAGGAGGAAUAUUUAUUUCUACAUUCAUCUGCGUCAGUUUUGUGAUCUGUGCCGCGUUAGUUGCUGUUCUUGUCGGUAUUAUUGUGUACUACAUCACUUUUUUUAAGGUAUCACAAAAAACAGAGUAUUGGGACGAUGAAGCUGAACCAUUUGCUCAAAGUAAUACUCCGUCACAAGACUUAAGACUGCCAACUUCGAUAGUCCCCAGCUUUUAUAGACUAAAAUUAAAAGUGGACUUAGAAAAAUCAACCUUUAGUGGUGAUGUGUACAUCACAAUCCGUGCGAACAAAAAGGUCAAAGAAGUAAUAUUACAUGCGAAGAAUUUAACAAUCAAUGAUAAUGCAGCUUUAACUGAACAGAUUUAUGAAGAGGUUGAUACUAUACAAAGGGUAACAAGAGAACUUAAUAAAACUGCCCAAAUAGAAAACAGUACUGUUAUAGUAGCAAACAGUAGUGAUAAUGUCACAAAUAUAAUUGAUAAUGAAGUGACAUCAGUUCCAAUGGUUAACUACACUCAAGUCACUCAUAGUCAAGUGAGAAACAUCAAUAUAAUUUCAAUCUCAAAGAGAACUGGAGAUAGACUAGCGUUAACUCUUGCUGGGACACUUACACCUGAUGUUGACUAUACCUUACAGUUAGGAUUUAAGGGAGAAAUAUCCGAUUCAUUGAAUGGAUUUUACCAAAGUACUUAUACUGAUGCUAACAACACAGUCAGAAAGCUUGGAGUAACACAAUUUGAGCCAACAUCAGCCAGAGCAGCGUUCCCUUGCUUCGAUGAGCCAGCAUUUAAGGCCAAAUUUGAAAUAAGCAUUGCACAUCCAAAAAAUAUUUCAGUAUUAUCUAACAUGAAAAUUGCAACACAAGAAUCAAUGAUUGAAGAACCAGAUUGGCAAUGGACACACUUUGAUCGUUCAGUGACUAUGUCAACAUAUUUAGUAGCAUAUGUUCUCUCCAACUUCCAAAGCUUAGAAACAAGUUACAUAAGCAAAGAUAAUACCACAAAAAUUAUUAAGGUGUGGACGCAACCAGCUUUGCUUUCAAAGGCAAACUAUGCAUUGAGUAUAACACCCAAACUUUUAGCAUUUUAUGAAGAUGUAUUUGGUGAACCGUAUGUUUUGGAGAAAUUGGAUCUGAUUGCGAUUCCUGACUUUUCAAGUGGUGCUAUGGAGAACUGGGGCCUUAUUACGUUUAGAGAAACAGCUCUUCUCUUUGAUGAUAAGGAGGGAGUGCCACGUGAUAAACAAAAUGUAGCGAUAGAUAUAGCACAUGAGUUAGCCCACCAGUGGUUUGGUAACCUGGUGACCAUGAAGUGGUGGAAUGAUCUGUGGCUCAACGAGGGCUUCGCUACUUUCAUUGAAUAUGUUGGUGUUGAUCAUAUCGAACCAAAAUGGAACAUGCUAGAAUCGUUUUCGCGAGACAAAAUGGAUCUGCUCAAGAUUGACGCGCUCAAGAACACUUCCCCAGUUUCCCGGCAGGUCGUGGACGCGUCGGAGAUCUCACAGAAGUUUGAUGAGAUAUCAUACUCCAAGGGUGCAAACCUAAUACGAAUGCUCAACCAUACCAUAUCGAGGGAACUGUUCUUGAAAGGAUUGGCUAUGUAUUUGAAUACAUGGAGAUACCAAAACGCCCAAGAGAAUGACCUAUGGCAAUCGAUGGCGAAUGCUACUAAAGACGAGCCCUCAUUAAAGGAUGUCUCCAUAGUGGCGUAUAUGAACAGCUGGACCCGACAGGCUGGCUAUCCCGUCGUCAACGUCACCAGGGACUACAGCACUGGAUAUGUUGUUUUUGAACAGCGUCUAUUCACAAGUGCAAAAAGUCCGUACAAGAAUAUGGAGAAGCAAUUAUGGCAGAUACCAAUCAGUUAUACAACAACGGAUGUCCCGGACGAGCAGUGGUCGACCCAACCGAGAUUGUGGCUGAAAGAUGCAUCUGUCACAUCAGAGCUACCCCUCAACCAGACACAGGCGCUAUACGUUAAUGUUGGAGCUAUAGGUUACUACAGAGUAAACUACGACCAGAAGAAUUGGAGAAUGCUCUGUGCAGCGCUUAAAUCUGGCGACAUCAAGUCUCCAAUCACCAAAGCGCAACUCUUGGAUGAUGGCUUCAACCUUGCCAAGUUCGGAUACCUCAAGUAUAGCGCGGCGCUGGGGCUCACAGAGUUUGUGAUCGACGGUGAAGACUCUGUCAUGGUGUGGGAUAUGGUGCUGGGUAACAUGGGCUUCUUGAGAGCCAAUUUAAGAGCCACCACUGGAUAUCCUGCUUUCCUGGACUACAUUCGACUGCUGAUCAGUAAUCAGUUACAAAAACUGAAUUACGGACUCGACGAACCGAAAGAUGACAAUGAAUCAUUCCUGGUGGAUAAUCUUCUCUCCUGGGAGUGUCUCGCCGAGUCCCCUCGGUGUCUUAGAUGGGCGAGAGCGGAGUUCGAUACCUGGAUGAGACAAGCUGAUUCUAAUAAUAACACAAUACCAAGUCGCCACCGAAACUUAGUAUACAACAUGGCGAUAAAAUAUGGAGGCCGCGAGGAAUUCAACUUCCUCUGGAACGUGUUUCAGAAUAGCUCAGACCCCAAUGUGAAGAAUCUUAUCAUCAGCACAUUGCCAAACACCAGAGAGGAGCAUCUCACCAUUUUCCUGCUAGAAAAGAGUCUUACAGACAUGCCCAAGCAAUACGCAGCCACCGUGUGGGGCUCCGACUCGCCUAGUUCCAUUACCCUCACACGCAACUACUUCGUGCGUAAUUUUGAACGUGUCUACGCCAAGUUUAAUGACAUGGACCCGUUUACUUUCGCCAACAUAUUGAACAUGGUAUUCGGCGACGUUUCUGAUCAAGAUGAGCUGGAUAGGAUGAAACGCUUCGCAAUUCAACACAAAGAGCAACUUACCCCGAUGUCACAGACGCUUCAGAAGAUUAUAGAUGGCGCUAAUCUCAAAAUCAACUGGAACAGGCGCUACUUGAACGAUGUUAUUAGCGCGCUUAAGAAUUUUGUUGCCGAACAUGCAAACCGAAACGCUACCACAACGGCGACAGAGACUGGAUUAACAGAGAACAUAACGAUAAGCAUAUCCAAUACCACGAAUUCUAGUCGAUAGUUAAACAAUAUAUUGUUAAAACUCAUUGUAAUCACGGACGUGUAAAAAAAGAAGGACUCCGCGCCGUGAUAUUAGCAAGUGAAGCACCGUUAUGCUAGUGUGUGUGCGGUUACGGGGGAUACUAGUUACAAAAUCUUUUCUCCCUUAAAUAAUCAUAUAUGGCCACAAAUACUUAUAUAGUAUCGUUUUUACACUUUAACACAACGCACGACGUCAUUUUUUAAAUAUUUUAUUGAGACGCAAACUGAUCUCUCACAGACGAUAACAAUUCUCAUAAUAGCCGCCUAUCGGCCUGUAGUAGUGUAAGUGUGUGCGUGGGGCUAUGUAUUUACACGUUAAUCGGCUUGUUUUGGUGCUACACUGUUAUGUAAGGUGACACGGAGUCAUUAUUUUUUUACUAGUCCGUGAUUCGGAUAUUCCCUUCGAAUAUUUUAAAGUUACUUAUUAAUUAUACCUUAGUAAAUUAUUAUUUAAAUACCAAUUACUUGAAACAUAUAAGACAUGAAAUAAGCGUAUAUUAUUUGAAUUUUUGUAUAAACUUUAAGAUAAUUUUUGUAUGAAUUUAUUAAAAAAUGCUUGAAAAAUUUAAUUGGUGGAAUCAAUCACAGUUGUAACAGUAAAUCCUUAGAUAAUUUAUGCGUCUAGAUCAAAGUUUCUCAACUUUUUUUGGUCACCGCCGACAUUGAGAAUAUGUUUUUUUCUAGAGUAUUUUUUUGCCUUUUUAGACUAUAUUUUUUAAUCUACCCAAGCCCCAUCUGCGCCAUCUCAAUGCCCCCUAAUUUUCUCUGGGUCUUCUACUGCCCCCCCGAAAGUCUCAAACGCCCACAAGUUAUCACGUUAUCACCCACGUUGAGAACCUAUGAUCUAGACAGAGUCUCUUGCUGUUCGACAACCGAUAAAAACAAGCUAGGAAUAUUAGUUUAGUGUGCGUGACAAGCUACGUCUUACACUCGCGAUGUUUAUGACACUGUGUCAGUGUGCGUAAAUUGCUCAAAAUAGAGGUUAGUUCUAAAGUCUUCUUUUUUCGACGUUUUCACAGCUGUCAUGUCAAAUCUAUUUCUGUUCUUUAAUAUUUUGGUAAUCUUUCCAUCAAUCAAGUAACUUAAUUUCAAGUACAACCUGAUGCAGUUCUAUAUUUUCUGUCCCAAUUACUGCUAGGCAAAAGAAUUAUACGUGCCAUCUGAAUUUAUCGCGUUUAGUAUUAAAAAAUUUAUCUAAUAUAUAAAAUUCUCAUGUCGCGGUGUUUGUAGUUAAAUUCCUUCGAAACGGCUUGACCGACUCUCAUGAAAUUUUCAGUGCAUAUUGGGUAGAUCUGAGAAUCAGACAACAUCUAUUUUUUUAUUUUCAUCCCUCUAAAUGUUAAGGGUGGUCCACGGCAAUAUUUUUUUUAACUUUUUUGACAUUUUUUUUUAAUUUGUUUGAUUAUGAGUCAGCACUAAAAAAUACAUACAACUUCAAAUUUUCACCCAUCUACGAUCAACAGUUACUUUUGUAUCGCGAUUUUAAUAUCCGCAACACAACGUUUGCUGGGUCUCUAUAAGAUUUUUUUGUCGUUGUCGUCUGAGGCAGGCUUGAAUCCAAAACAAUACUGCCUUGUAAAUUGUAAAUGUACUGGGAAGUCAAAGGACCAACGCCAUGCAGCCAUGUCAUAUUAUAAUUUAUGUUGUGAGAGUUGAGAUCGAGUCCUGCCAACACGUUAGCUCAUUUUUUUUUUUUCAUUAUUAUUAUUAUUAGGACCUGAGCUACUAAGAUCUGCUCAGUCUGAAAUCUCGGAAUAAUAAAUGGUCCCCAGGAGUAGUGAUAUAUAAAGCCCCUGUAUAGUAAAAUUCACCCAAAUCGUCGAAAAUGCUCACGAGAUACGAAACAUAUUGAUGGAUCAAUAGAUAAUUUUAAAUACAUUUAGGGUUUCAGUAAUAAAUAUCCGGGCGACCGAGCCUUACUCGGAUUUUUAAGUAUGUACAAAAAUAAUUAGACAUCUGGAUUCGAAUCGGGGUCUUUCCGGAUCACCCAAUGUCCAUCUGAGCUAUUAUAGUCUUGUAUAUAGUGGCGAAAUUUACCUUUGUAUUCUAAUGUUAUUGUAGCUGUUUCUCAUUAAAACACGGAUAAAACUACAUUUUUUUUAAUUGUAACCUAGCUAGAUUGAUUUAUCGCCCCCCAAAUUAUUUCCACUAAAAUAAAUAGCUUAAUUAUUGUUAUAAAUAAUUGUAUUCUUUUCAUUAUAAUCUGCUAUUUCAGUUCCAUUAAUUAUAAUUUGUCUACUAAGCGUGUUAGAUUGAGCUGCAUGAUUAGAUAAUAGAUUACGUCAGAUAGACUAUCACAGCUGUGAACACGUCGACAAAAUAGCGGCGAACUGUUAACCUUUAUUUUCAGCAACGCACGCACAAUAAAACAAAGUGCCUAACAAUUCUCGAGUGUAAGACGUAGCUGCGUUGACUAAAGGCCGUUCUCAAUAUUCAGUCUAUCUCUUACUUGUGAUAAAAAUUGUAUCAUUGACAUUUCUGUCCCAAUAAACUUAUCGACGGUAACUCACAUUAUCCGCACACGCUGUCUGUCAAUGGGAUGACGUAUAGCUUAAUAGCGAUAUAUUUGUAUGGAAAUUGCAAUUCAUGCGUCCCAAUACAAGGCGAUAAGAAUGACUUAUCGGGUAUACUGGGACAGCUUCAGAUUAUUGACAGCUUAUUACUGACAGUAGAAGGUAGUAAUUUAUCUUUAUCUGUAGAUAGUAUUUUGAGAACGGCAGUAAGAGCAAGAGACUCUAACUAGACUUAUAAACUAUCAUAAGUCUGCAUGUGAUAUAAGCGAAGUCCUGUAUAUAGGCAACAAAUUUGUGCCAUGGUGCUUAUUAAAUAAAGCUGAUUUUGCAAUAUCAGCCACAUUGGUUCAAAACGUUCUCAAAGAAAUAUAGAUAUAUAUAUAUAUAUAUUACAUAAAAUCAUGAAUUCAAAAAAUACAUUUCUUUGAAUAUUAUAAUAUUUUGUUAAAUAUUUCUUAUGUUGUAUCAACAGUAACUAAGAUUAUAUUGUUUUUAUAGUGUGUGAAUAUAUGAGCUAGUGAAAUUACUAGGCAAAUGAGACUUAACAUCUUAUGUCUUAAGGUGACGAGCGCAAUUGUAGUGCCGCUCUGAAUUUUUGGAUUUUUCAAGAAUCAUGAGCGGCACUGCAUUGUAAUUGGCAGGGUGUAUCAAUUACCAUCAGCUGAACAUCCUGAUCGUCACGUCCCUUAUUUAAAAAAAAAACUUUAGUAGCAAAUCACUUGUUUACAAUUUACACCAAGUUUUAAAUGAUAAUAAUAAAAUAUUUUAUUUGCAGCUAAAAACCACAAUAAAUAAAGCAAUUCUUAAAUUAAAUUAAAAUUUAAAAUAAAACAUACCAUACUUAUUAAAAAGACUAGGAACGUUAGCCGCAAAAGCUCGGCAUAUGCUGGCAUACAUAUUAUGCAUGCUCAGCGCUUCGCUUGAAUGUAAAUACUGUUUCUAUUGGUUUUAAGACAUAAAUGAAAUCAAUAUGAUCAUUGUCUGUGUCUCUGUUUUGCUUUUUCUAAUAUUGUACAUGCUAGAGUACUUCAGAAAGUGCUCAAAACCACUUAAUCAUAUCGGCCGCAAACAGAAGCCUGGUUUACUAAUAGUUCCGAAAAGAAAUGAAAUUUAUUUAUUGAGUCGAAUACAGUAUGCAUUAUAGAUAUUAAAUUUAUUGUAGUGUCUUCUAUUCGGCUAAUUUAAAUUAGCAUGAAAAAAGUUUAUUUAAAUUUAAAAAAAUCCUUAACACUAUAAAAAUUUGUCGAUUAACCAUUUAAACAGGAGUCCAGUAAAUCGUUUCUGUGGUAAGUUUUUUAUCUUUAGAGAUAGAUGAUUGAAUAAUUUUAUACAGAUUUCAUAGCUACUAUUUAGAUAUAAUUUUGCUAUGGGACAGUGGCCAUAAACCUGUAUAUCCGGUAAUCUGUUGGAACGAGGAUUCAAAUCAAUGGCACUUUUAAAUAAAUGAUUAUUAACCGACUUCAAAAAGGGAGGUUCUCAAUUCGGUAUCUGUAUGUACACCGAUUACUCUGAGAUUUAUGAUCAGAUUUACGUAAUUCUUCUUUAGUUCAAUGCGGAAUAGAUGCCAUUUGGUCCCAUAAAAAUUUUACAUAGUUUGGCCCAGUAGUUUUUAUUUUAUGAAGAUUUUUUAUUAAAAAUUUUGUCUACGCCGAUGAUAUAAUUGUUUAGUUUGUGUACGGCUGUUUUAGGAGUUUCCAUUCCGGUUGAUAAUAUAUCAUUAUUAUUAACUGAGACUAAAAAGUAAAAAUUAAAAAAAAACUACGUUUAAAAAAACCGACUUCACAAACUGAAAAGUAUUAAAUAACUAAAAAUUUAAUUUAAUACACCUCUUAUGCAAACCUAUACCUUUAAUAGUAAUAAAAUACUGUUUAAUUAAACGUAGUUUUUUUUUUCGUUUAACAAAUUUGCACGCUUAACAACAGUAAGUGAAAAAAUUAAAACAUUAGGACACAGUUGCUUUCCCAUUUAGUUUUCAAAUUUCAUUGUAAUUGGGUAUUUUUUGUAAGAGGAAAUUGCCGAGAACGAAUCUCUGCAUUUUGAUUACUCACGAUUUAUUACGAGUCGGAACUGUGGUUAUCCUUAACCUACUGUCUUGCUCGCGAUAGUGCGACGGAAUACUGUUUUAUAAUUAUUAUAUCUGAAAAACGCCUCAGCUAAUGUUACGAGCUGUAAAUUAGAAUUAGAGAUUAGAUGAAAAUAAUUUUUAUUUUUUAAAGUGAUAACCGUUCACCUGGGAUUAAUUACACAAAUAAAAUUUGAAAACAAAAUUUAUGAAGGUAACGUCACGCGAACGGUUGGCUCAGUUGGAAGAGCGCUCGUUCGAAUCCAGCACCGUUCAUAAAUUUUGUUUUCAAAUUUUAUUUGAGUAAUAAAAAAAACCUUGAAAGAAAACCACGAACUUAGUUAUGAAAAAUUUUAAACGCUAUGUUUAAGCAGGACAGUUAACUCAACGCACAGACAAUCUCAAUCGUUAAGUAUAUAAAUAAGCCCAUAUAAAAAAUAUUUUAAUGCAUAAUAUGUAUUAAUGAGAUUAUAAAAGAAAGUAUUUAAUGUAUUAAUAAUGUUCCUUUCCAAAUACUUCACUAUGUAAUAUGUAAUUUAUUAUUUUUAAGGUAAAUUAGUAUCAUUUUGUUACCAAUAUAUCGACGCCAUUUUUGAAGUGUGAGUUUUAGCAUUUCUACAAAGACUAUUUCUGUGUUAUUAAUAAACGCGGUGUUGAGUGCCAAGUUUAUUUUUUUAUUAUUUUUUUCUCUUUCUCUUACCUUUGUCAGUUUGCUUGCCAGGGAGAAGUGGAAGUCUCCUUUGCACAGGAUGCCGGCUAGAUUAUGGGUGCCACAACGGCGUCUAUUUCUACCGUGCAGCAGUAAUGUUUAAGCAUUACUGUGUUUAGGUCUGAUGGGCGCCGUAGCUAGUGAAGUUUCUGGGCAAAUGAGACUUAACAUUAAAUGGACGUAGUUAAGCAGAAAGGACUUUAAUUAAAAUUAAAACCACACUGGUCAAAAUAGAGUCGAAUCUGUCUAAAACCCAAUUCUAAAAUGUACACGGAAUCUGUUUCCUUUUUAUAUUUAUAAAGGAUAUAUGGAAUAUUAUUUAUAGCUGAAACUUCAAAUACCUAACUCAAAAGUGCCUUUGUGUGGUUUGAGUUCUUUCUGCUUAGUUACGUCCAAAUAUGUCUCAAGGUAACGAGCGCUAUUGUAGUGCCGCUCAGAGUUUUUGGGUUUUUUUCAAAAAUCCUGAGCGGAACUACAUUGUAAUGGGCAGGCCGUAUCUAUUAUCAUCAGCUGAACAUCCUGCUCGUCUCGUCCCUUACUACUGUCAUUUAAUUUUAAACUUGGGAGUAACUUUACACUGCGUUUAUUAAUAAGACAGUUACGGUGUUAUUACAAAAACGUUAAAGAUGCGUUCAACACUUAUAUUAAAAGAGUUCUAUAACAAAUCCGUUUCUGUUGUUUAGCUCCAUUUUCGACGUCGUUUAAAUAGUUAGACACUGUUUAACCAAACACGUGUCUAAACCAUGUUUAAAUAUUUUUUUGUAAUAACGCUGUUAAAGUUUAAACAUUGAAGUGCAACAGUUAACUUAAUUAGCUUUAAAUCAAAAAGGUAUUUUGGACCAACUAACAAUGUCAAAAUGGAAUUGAUAAUAAUAUGAUUUUGUUAUUAUAGGUAAUAAAAAAUAAUACAUGGAGCUAUUAAGUAAAACGUUGACAUUGUUAGCUUUUUCAAAAACUACCCUCAUUUUUAUAAAGAGUUUGUAUGAUGGUGCUUCAAUGUCGAAUUUAUGUUACAAUGUGAAUAUGUGCCCAAGAUGAUUAAUGUUAAUAAAGAAAUUAAAAAGUAA